AUGGCAGACGCGGUCCGAAACGCCGUUGCUGAGUGCAUGGUGCAGGUUCAGGCGGUGCUGGCGGCGGCGCCGAGCUAUGCGCCGCUGAUUUUUGCGUAUGAGCCUGUCUGGGCGAUUGGGAAGCCGGUGCCGGCGAGCGUGGAGCAUGUUGCUGGUGUUGUGGGUGGGAUUAGAGAGGUUGUGGGUGGGAGUGGGAGGGAGGGGGAGGUGAGGAUUUUGUAUGGAGGGAGUGCAGGGCCUGGGUUGUGGGGGGAGGGUGGGUUGGGGAAGGUUGUUGAUGGGAUGUUUUUGGGGAGGUUUGCGCAUGAGGUUGAUGGGGUGCGUAAGGUGGUUAGGGAAGUAGAGGAGACGUUAUAGAAGGGCUCUCGUGAUUUGAGUAGUAGAUAUAGCUUAUUGACAUAGUGACCAUGUUAUCACAAACGAAUGAGCCCUUCCAUUGAAAGUUCUGACUAAUAUCUAUUUUUCAGAAGGGGGUCAAAUGUUCUUAAUUAUAUAUAGAUAUUGUAAGUGGUGAGGUGCAUGCCUUAUGAGUUGAAUCGAUUUUAACAUCGUAGUUAUUUCUUAGUUAUUUCUUAGAAGGAGAGAUGCCUUGAAUAUAUAACUACAUGGAUGUCGGUUCCAUAGUAAUGAAUUCGUAGUAAGAUCAAACAAAAAAGCCAAAAAGGAGAAAAUAGACAAAGGGGGAA